AUGGCGUUGAUAAUAUUUUUAUUUAAAGUUUCUAAUAUUGAUAUUUCCAAUUCUAAAUUAGAAAUUAUUGGUGAAAAUGAUAAUCAAUCAAUAUCUGAUGUGCCAACAACACAACUUAUUGAUGAUGAAAAUAUAACGUUACUGAGUGCUAAAGUCAUAUUUCGAGGUAUUAAUCUCUGGUCAAAUAAUGUACGUGUACGUGAUGGUACAGCAAAUUUUAUUGCACGUGGAAACAAACCAAAGAAAUUUCAUUUCAAUUUAGGAACUGUGUUAGUACCCGAUGAUAAAUUACGCAUCGAAUUUCAUACGAUAAAUGCGAAUAAAAAACGAAAAAAAUUGAUUGCAAUUUUUGAAUUAAUGCUUGAAUCUUUAAUUGAUUCAAAAUAUAUUGAUUUACCUGAAGAAAAUUUAUCUGAUCCAAAUCAUUACUUAUUACCAUCAACUGUACAACUUAAACUUUAUUAUACAUCACCAGAUAUUGAUAAUCAACUUGCUACAAUAGGUUAUGGUGAUACAAAUGAGUUGAUCGAUUGGAGAAAUAUAUUUGAUGAUGAAGGACGACAUGGUGGUCAUCGAUAUAGGCAUGUGCAUUCAAAACGUCAUGGUCGAUUAACAAAACUUCGUAGAAAAUUAGCCGGUCAUGCAGAUGAUGCUGAUACUGAUACAGAUAGUGAUUCAGAUUUCGAAGUAGCUCAAGAGUCUGAAAAAAACUUUGAACCUGCUGAUGAAAUUGCAAAGAUAAAAAUGGAACAUAUUAAUUUAGAAUUAUUAGAAAAAAGUUUGGGUCGAUAUAUCGGUGAUAUAUAUGAAAUGAUCGAAUGGCAAGUUAUAAUACAUAUUAUACAAGCACGAGAUCUUCCAGGAGUUGAUAUUAAUCCAUAUGUUAGCAUUCAAAUUGAUAAUCAAAAACGAUAUACAAGUGUACAAAAAUCUUGUAGUUCACCAUAUUUUGGUGAAUUCUUCACAUUUGAUUUUAUACUACCAGCUACAAAAUUUAUGGAAAAAGUUAUUAUUGUCAAAGUUCACAAUGCCGUUAGAAUAGUUAGUACAUUUACAGAUACAACACCAAUAGGAAUUUUUCGAUUGGAUGUGUCAACAGUAUAUAAUGAAAAAGAACAUGCAUUUGAACGAAAAUGGGCUCAAUUGGUUAAUCCGGAAAAUAUUGGAUCAUCUUGUGGCCAUUUACUUCUUUCAAUAUCUGUUACACAACGUGGUGUUCCAACGAAAAAUUUUGUCAGUGAAGGAGUACAUGACGAAGAUGAAUUUAAACCAUCAAAAACUUUAAUUCCUGCAGCUAUGCCUCGACGUCUAUUUCCUGUGCAAUUAAAAAUAACUUUUUUUACUGCAACUGAAUUACCUGCAAUGAUGACUGAUUUUUUAGCAACUGUUUCAAAAAAAAUUCUUCAAUCAGAUGCAUGGGAACCAGCUGAUCCUUACGUUGAGAUUACAUAUGAUGCAAUGACAGCAACAACAGAAGCUCGUAAUGGUACAACACCUGUUUGGGGUGAAGCAGUUUAUUUAAUUGGACGUUUUCCACCACUUGUACGAACAAUUAAAAUAACUCUUAAAGAUCGUGCAGCUGUUCAAAAAGAUCGUAUUAUUUCAUCAUUUUUUAUUGAUCUUUUUUUAAUAAGUGAAAGUAAUCCAUCAGUUGGUUUUUUACCAACAUUAGGUCCAACAUGGAUGUUUUUAUAUGGAAGUCCAAGAGAAUAUACAAUAAGUAAAGAUAAAGAUGGUCUUAGUGAAGGAAUGGGUGAAGCUGUUUGUUAUAAAGGACGAAUACUUAUGGCUAUUGAAUCUCAUCCAAUUACUGGAGAAAAUACAUCAAACAUGAAUAUACACAAAGAAACUGGUGUACAAUUUCCUGAAGCACAUAUAUUUCCAGUGAAACGUUCAUUUCUUUUAUUUGGUUGUAUUUAUGAUGUUAGUAUGAUUGAUAAAUCAUUUGGUAAUGGAACGAUUUCUUUUGAAUUAAGUAUUGGUCCAAGUGGAUAUUUAAAUCCACAAGAAUUAGUUGCUGCAAUUCAUAAUCCUGUUUCAUCGUUAACAGGUCCUUAUCCACGUACUUCGAUUGAUAAUAAUAAAGAUUAUUUUCGUUUACCAAUUGAUUUAAAAAAACCAAUAUUAUUUACAAAAUAUAUAUUUCAUGAUUAUAUCUAUCGUAUGACAUUAUCAAAUCGCCUAAAAAAUGCAUCUGCAUAUUUGUAUGAACAAAUUCAUGAAUUUGAAUUGAAAAUAAGUUCUAAUAUGUCAAAUGAAAUUCUCAUGGAAGAAUAUCGAAAAAUUCAAAAUUAUGUUUAUACAUUACCAUGUGGAUGUGCUGAACACAUAAAAGAGCGUGAAAUUUCUGGUAUUAUACCUGUAAUUCAUCCGAAUUUAUAUGAAUUAUUAAAUUCUUCUCAACCAAAUAUUAAAAUGAAUCAAUUAGAUAUCAAACGAUAUAAAAAAAUUCUUCAUAAUAUUCAAUCAAUUAAAACUUGGGUUUCAAAAGAAGUUAAUUUUGAUGAAUCAAAACGAUAUGAAAUCGUUAAAGAAUUGAAUAAAAUAGCACGUGCAUUUCGACAAAUGGCUACUGAUGCACAACCAUCUUUACCUGAUGUAUUUUUAUGGAUGAUAUGUGACUCAAAACGUGUAGCUUAUGCACGUUUUCAACCUGAAGAUAUUCUUUUUAAUUUAUGUAAAGGUGAAAAAGGUUUAUAUAAUGGACGUGUACAAACUAUUUUUCUCAAAACACCACGUUCAACAGAUAAACCAUUAAAUCCAUCAACAAAUGCAAAAGUACAAAUCUAUCUUUGGCUUGGAAUUGGAGAAUAUGAACCAUCGAUAUUUAAAUACUUACCUGGUGGUUUUGAUAUGCCACCAUUACCAUUAGAUCCUCAACUGAAAUUUAUAAGAUAUAACGAACGAACUUUUUAUGAAUUGCGAUGUCAUUGUUAUAAAGCAAGAGCAUUACUUGCUGGGGAUGAAACAGGUUUAUCAGAUCCUUAUUUAAGUAUUACAGUUGGUAAUGAGACACAAACAACACCAAUUCUCUUAGAAUCAUUAUGUCCACAAUGGAAUUUAACGUUAGCUUUUCACAAUUUGAUGCAUGUUGGAACUCGAGAAACAGCUGAGGAAAUUAUUGGAAAUGUUGUUGUCGAAUGUUAUGAUUAUGAUGAAGAUGAUGAUAAUUCAGAUUUAAUUGGACGUUUUUCCACAACAGCUAAACUUGAUUUAUUUAAACGAGAUGAUCCGCCGCUACAGUCUUUAUUUAAAUGGUAUAAAUUUAAACUUGGUGAAAAACAAGCUGGAGAACUUUUAGCUGUAUUUGAACUUGUUGAAGUUAAUUCAAAAACACGACAAUCUGAAACAACAUUUGAACUUGAAGAAAUUCCAAUAACAACAGAUAAUUAUCCACCGACAAGUUAUAUUACUAAAAUGAUGAAAAAUAAAAUUUAUCAAAUCCCAUUAUUACUGAUACCUCCUUUUAAAACUUAUGAAAUUGAGAUUAUGUUUUGGGGUUUACGUGAAUGUCGUGCAAUUAAUCUUCAAACUGUUCAAGAAGCUGAAGUAACAAUUGAAUGUUCUGGUGCACGUGUAACAAGAACCAUAAAAAAUGUACAAAAAUAUCCAAAUUUUGAAUCAUCACCUACUGAAACAGACAAAUAUACACUUCUUGUUAAUUUACCAGAUGAUGAUAAUUUUUGGCCACAUUUAAGUAUACUUUGUGUACAACAUCGUCUUUUUGGAAUGAAAGAAAACAUUGGCAAUCUAGUUGUAACUAAUCUACAAAAAUAUCUUGAAAAACCUAGUCAUCUUUUAACACCAAAUGAUCAAGCUGUAGCUGAUGCCGUAAAUGAAUUAUCAAAAAGAAUUCCAUACAAUUUUAAUCGUGUUCGAAAAUCGGUUAUUGAUGCAUAUGAAGCUUCUCUAGUGGCACAGGACGUGAGUUUAAGAAAAACAAAAUUAGUUGAGUUUGAAAGCAAUGCAGGUCGUGAUAGAGGCGAUAGUGAUAGUCAAGCACCAAUUAUUCAUGCUGAUUCAUUGGGACAAAGAGGAAAAGGAGGUGGUGAAUCUGGUGGAAAAUCAGAUAAAGAAAAAGAUCGUUUAAAAGAAUCUGAUUCGACACCUGAAUCACCCAGUAAUAGAAAACAUGGAAAUGAGCCUUUAACAACCUUAGAAAAAAUAAAAAGAAAUGAUAUGGAAAAAACUGCUGGAUGGUGGCAUAAAUAUUAUGCAUCAAAAGCAAAACUAGAAUUAAUACAACGAUGUGCUAUGGAUAUGGAUGAAGGUUUAAAAGAUAGUUAUGAUGCUUAUGCCGAGUUUUUUGAACAUGAAUCAACACUUGUUUCCAAAAAGCGUUGGAAUUUAUGGAAUAGAGCUAAAAAACUAUUUAUACGUGUUGAAAAAGCUGAGAAAACAUUACGACACUUAGCUGUUGAACACAUGGAACGGUUGGAAGUUACUGAAAAAUUGAAAUCAGCUCUUCAUGAAAGUUUAGAUGUUAUUGAAACUGAUCGUCUUAAAGAAUUAACAUUAUUACAAACAUUUGAUAUAAUUGAAACAGAGUUAGAAAAUGUUUACGGUUAUGAAGGCUUUAAUGAUUGCCUUGAUACAUUUCCAUUAUAUAAAGGUAAAGGUUCAAGUCGGUCAGAUGAAGUCGGUGAUGAAAAACGUAUCUAUACGAAGUUUAAAGGUAAAUUUCGUAUUCAAGAAAUUCCAAUGGAUGAAACAGAUGGUAUGUGUUCAAUGUCUACUAAUCGAGCUCUUUCAAAUCCUCAAAUGAAAGCACUCUCAAGAUCAAAAAGUAGUUCAAAUAUGCCAGCAAAUGAACUAAUGCUUCGAUUAGAUUUUAAUAAACAUCCUAUAAUACUAAAAUGUCGAUUGUAUAUAAUAAAAGCUCUAUUAUAUCGUGGUUGUGAUCGAUCAGGCAAAGCAGAUCCAUUUAUAAAAAUUGUAUUAAACAAUGAUACUGUAAUUGAUGAUGUUGACGGAAGACUUCUUAAUACAUUAGAACCUGUUUUUGGCAAAUCAUAUGAAUUUGACGUUCAAUUACCUCUUCAAUCCUUAAUGUGUAUACAACUAUGGGAUUGGGACAUGACAAGUUCCAAUGAUAUGAUUGCUGAAACAAAAAUUGAUAUUGAAAAUCGUUGGUUUUCAUGUCAUAGAGCAACGUGUGGUUUACCAAAAAGAUAUGAUAGUGCGGGUUAUAAUACUUGGCGUGAUACAAAAAAACCAACAAUAAUUUUAACUGAAUUAUGUCGUACAACAAAUAUUAAUGUACCCGUUUAUACGGCAGAUUUUCGUUCCGUAACAGUCGCCAAUGAAACUUUCGAAUGUGAUCCUGCAUGUGUUGAAUUUAUCGUGAAUACAAAAUCGUCCGUAGAUACAUUAUAUCGAAAAGCCCAUCAUGAAUCACCCGAAGAAUAUAUACGACAAAAUACAGCAUUAACUGCUCUACAUGCAUGGGGAAGAAAAAUUGAUCCGAAAUGUACUUUGGUUGCUGAACAUAUUGAAUGUCGAUCACUUUUUAAUCCAGAGUCUCCUGAAAUUGAGCAAGGAAAAUUAGAAAUGUGGUUAGAUUUUUUUCCGAUGUCACGACCACCUUCAAGUCCUAUGAUUGAUAUAACACCACCUAAACCUACUUCUUAUCAAUUACGUGUAACUAUCUGGAAUACAAGUGACGUAGAAUUAAAUGAUGAUAAUUUCUUUACGGGAGAGAAAACUUCAGAUAUUUAUGUUAAAGCAUGGAUCCUAGGAGAAAGAGUUGAUGCACAACAAACAGAUAUUCAUUAUCGAUCAUUAACAGGCGAAGGAAACUUUAAUUGGCGAUUCGUAUUCGAUUUUGACUAUUUAGAUAUAGAAGAAAAAGUUGUUUUUGAAGCAAAAGACUCCGUAUUUCAAGUUGGUAACACAACAAAAAAGAUUCCACCAAGAAUUAUUAUUCGUGUUUAUAAUGCAGAUUUUUUUUCAGCUGAUGAUUUUCUUGGUGAAUGUGUUCUUAAUCUGACACAUGUAUUACUCGGUGCUAAAAUAUCAAAACAAUGUAAAGCUGAUAUUCUACUUAAUCCAAAACAUAGAGGAAUUGAUUUAUUUGCUAAUAAACGUAUUGCUGGUUGGUGGCCAAUGAUUGCUCCAUUGAAAGAAGGUGAAAUUCGUGAUAAAACUUUAUUAGGAGGAAAACUUGAAGCUGAAUUUUCACUUGUUACUGCUGAAGAAGCAGAAAAAAAUCCAGUUGGAAAAGCACGGGAAGCACCACAACCACUUGAAGAACCAAAUCGUCCAAAAACAUCAUUUCUUUGGUUUACAUCACCAUGGAAAACAUUACGUUUUGUUAUAUGGCGUAAUUUCAAAUGGGCAAUUAUUCUUGGAGUUUUUAUUUUUAUUGGUGUUAUUUUUCUUUUACUUGCUAUUUGGACAAUACCCGGUGAAAUUGUUAGCCAAGUAGUAGCUAAAAUCUUUAAAAAUAAAUAA